UUAGUGAUGAUGUAACUUCCGCUUACUGUGCUGAGUCGGAAGUGGGAACCCUUCGGCCGCUUUGGUUCUGUUGUGUCGUCGCUGCUGGCCCUUCAGGCUCUGCCCCUCCCCCUAGGUCUGGAUGGAGGAUACCUUAAAGUGAAAUGACAGACCAGGAGAAUAACAACAACAUCUCAAGUAACCCCUUUGCUGCUCUUUUUGGCUCCCUGGCUGAUGCCAAACAGUUUGCGGCAAUCCAAAAAGAGCAGCUGAAGCAACAAUCUGAUGAACUCCCAGCUAGCCCAGAUGACUCGGAUAAUAGUGUGUCAGAGAGCCUGGAUGAAUUUGAUUACUCUGUGGCUGAGAUUAGCCGCUCAUUCCGAUCACAGCAGGAAAUAUGUGAGCAACUCAACAUCAAUCACAUGAUCCAAAGGAUCUUCCUUAUCACUCUGGACAACAGUGAUCCCAGCUUGAAAAGCGGGAAUGGCAUCCCCAGUCGUUGUGUGUAUUUGGAGGAAAUGGCAGUAGAGCUAGAAGAUCAAGACUGGCUUGAUAUGAGCAACGUUGAGCAGGCCCUCUUCGCUCGCUUAUUACUUCAAGAUCCAGGCAACCACUUAAUUAACAUGACUUCUUCUACAACGCUAAAUCUCUCUGCUGAUCGAGAUGCAGGGGAGAGGCACAUUUUUUGUUACCUUUACUCCUGCUUUCAGAGAGCCAAGGAAGAGAUUACCAAAGUUCCAGAGAACCUGCUCCCCUUUGCAGUGCAGUGCAGAAACCUCACUGUGUCCAAUACUCGAACAGUUCUCCUCACCCCAGAGAUCUAUGUCAACCAGAACAUCCAUGAGCAACUGGUAGAUUUGAUGUUGGAAGCCAUCCAGGGAGCCCAUUUUGAAGAUGUAACUGAGUUUCUAGAAGAGGUGAUUGAAGCCUUGAUAUUGGAUGAGGAAGUUCGAACAUUUCCAGAAGUCAUGAUUCCAGUGUUUGAUAUUUUAUUGGGCCGAAUAAAGGAUCUAGAGCUCUGUCAGAUCCUUUUGUAUACAUAUCUGGAUAUUCUUCUCUAUUUCACUAGGCAAAAAGAUAUGGCAAAGGUUUUUGUAGAAUAUAUUCAGCCCAAGGACCCUACCAAUGGGCAAAUGUACCAGAAGACCUUGCUGGGAAUAAUUCUGAAUAUCUCCUGCUUAUUAAAGACUGCGGGUGUUGUAGAAAAUCAUGGCUACUUUUUGAAUCCAUCUCGUUCCAGCCCCCAGGAGAUCAAAGUACAGGAGGCCAACAUCCAUCAGUUCAUGGCUCAGUUCCACGAAAAGAUCUACCAGAUGCUGAAGAACUUACUCCAGCUCUCUCCAGAAACCAAACACUGUAUCUUGUCCUGGCUUGGAAACUGUUUGCAUGCAAAUGCAGGCCGCACCAAGAUUUGGGCCAAUCAAAUGCCAGAAAUCUUUUUCCAAAUGUAUGCCUCGGAUGCCUUCUUUCUGAAUCUGGGUGCUGCUCUCCUGAAGCUAUGCCAGCCGUUUUGCAAACCCAAAUCCUCUCGGCUCCUCACCUUUAAUCCCACAUACUGUGCUCUGAAGGAGUUGAAUGAUGAAGAAAGAAAAAUUAAAAAUGUACACAUGAGAGGUUUGGACAAAGAAACCUGUUUGAUCCCAGCUGUGCAGGAGCCGAAGUUCCCACAGAACUACAACCUUGUAACUGAGAACCUUGCCCUGACAGAGUACACCUUGUACUUGGGAUUUCACAGGUUGCAUGAUCAGAUGGUAAAAAUCAACCAAAAUCUGCAUCGGCUGCAGGUUGCCUGGCGGGAUGCUCAGCAAAGUUCUAGCCCUGCUGCUGACAAUCUUCGUGAGCAGUUUGAACGACUGAUGACCAUCUAUCUUUCUACCAAGACUGCCAUGACAGAGCCACAAAUGCUACAAAACUGCCUAAACUUGCAGGUGUCCAUGGCUGUUCUACUGGUUCAACUGGCCAUAGGCAAUGAGGGCUCACAGCCAAUAGAGCUAACCUUUCCUUUGCCAGAUGGCUACAGCUCUUUGGCUUAUGUGCCAGAAUUUUUUGCAGAUAACCUGGGUGAUUUUCUCAUUUUUCUCCGCCGCUUUGCCGAUGACAUUUUGGAGACAUCAGCAGAUUCCCUGGAGCAUGUCCUUCAUUUUAUCACCAUUUUCACUGGAAGCAUAGAAAGAAUGAAGAAUCCCCACCUGCGGGCCAAACUAGCAGAGGUGUUGGAAGCAGUGAUGCCCCACCUGGAUCAGACCCCAAAUCCCUUGGUAUCCAGUGUGUUCCACCGGAAACGUGUGUUCUGCAACUUUCAAUAUGCACCCCAACUUGCAGAGGCUCUAAUCAAGGUUUUUGUGGACAUUGAAUUCACAGGAGAUCCCCAUCAAUUUGAACAGAAGUUUAAUUACCGCCGUCCCAUGUAUCCCAUCCUAAGAUACAUGUGGGGGACAGAUAGCUAUCGGGAGAGCAUUAAGGAUUUGGCUGACUAUGCCUCUAAGAAUUUAGAAGCUAUGAAUCCCCCACUUUUCCUCCGCUUUCUUAACCUGCUAAUGAAUGAUGCCAUCUUCCUUUUGGAUGAAGCCAUACAGUAUUUGAGCAAGAUAAAGAUUCAGCAGAUUGAGAAGGACCGAGGCGAAUGGGAUAGUCUGACUCCAGAAGCCCGUCGAGAAAAGGAGGCUGGUCUACAGAUGUUUGGACAGCUGGCACGUUUCCAUAACAUCAUGUCCAAUGAAACAAUUGGUACCCUUGCCUUUCUCACAUCAGAGAUCAAGUCACUCUUUGUGCAUCCCUUCCUGGCUGAGCGCAUCAUCUCCAUGUUGAACUACUUUCUGCAACACCUGGUUGGCCCCAAGAUGGGUGCCUUAAAAGUCAAGGACUUCAGUGAAUUUGACUUCAAACCCCAGCAGCUUGUAUCAGAUAUCUGCACUAUCUACUUAAAUCUUGGGGAUGAAGAGAAUUUCUGUGCCACUGUGCCCAAGGAUGGACGUUCCUAUUCCCCAACUCUCUUUGCACAGACAGUUCGAGUCUUGAAAAAAAUAAAUAAGCCUGGGAAUAUGAUUGUGGCUUUCAGCAACUUGGCAGAGAGAAUCAAGUCUCUUGCAGACCUCCAACAACAGGAAGAGGAAACCUAUGCAGAUGCCUGUGAUGAGUUCCUGGAUCCCAUUAUGAGCACACUGAUGUGUGACCCUGUGGUGCUGCCAUCUUCCAGAGUCACUGUGGAUAGAUCCACCAUUGCGAGACAUUUGCUCAGUGACCAAACAGAUCCUUUUAACCGUAGUCCCCUCACCAUGGACCAGAUCCGGCCAAACACAGAACUAAAAGAAAAAAUCCAACGGUGGCUUGCAGAGAGGAAACAACAAAAGGAGCAACUUGAAUAGAUACUGUGAACUAACCAAACCAAAACCAACCCCAGAGUGCAGAUAAACAAUUGUUUGUGGUUUCUCUCUUUCUGGUUCUGUUCCUUUUCUUUUUUUUUUUUUUCUAAAUUAGAGAACUGCUCUUGCUGAAAUUAUGAUAGUUAAGAUUCCUAAGAACUUGACAGUGCUCCCCUGGCUUGCAGGAAAUUAUAGCAUCACCAAGUUUAGAAAUCGUCACUAAUUUUCACCCUCUGUUGUCUCCUCAUAUUCUUUUCUUCUUCCUUUUCUUAAAUGAAAUUAUAUUAUUUCAACUACUAAAACUUCCUACCACCCUAUUUCUCUUCCAAUUACUGUUCAAACAUUUUUGGUGAGUGCUGCCUUUAUAAAUAUAUAAUGUCACAUAUUUCAGUGACAGCUGAUAUUAUCAGAAAAUCUUGUGUUAUACUGUGUAUUUACUAGUCCUCAUGAUCUAUACUUAAGCCCUUUUCUGUGUUACAGAAUAACUUCACAUAAAAGCAGAUACCUUGAAGUUUGUGUAGACUUUUGAAUAAGAUGAUAGAUGAGAAUUUUUUUUAAAGAAUUUAAAGGAAUCUUAUGCAACUUCUGUUGGUAGCUCUUAAUUUUGUUAUAGAGUCUUUUUAAUGAGGAUUGGUAAGGGAGAUGUAGUUUUGACACUUUAGUCAAAAAAUUUCUGGGGUGAGGAGACUGUUGGGCCCUUAUUCUCUUAUGAAAAUGUGUUUCUACAAGGACUAGGCCUAAGUAGAUUUAGGCGAGUAUCAUAUCCAUGAAAAAUGUCAUUUUAAGACACUAAUAUCAAUAGUGUAUAGUGUGAGAUGUAUACAUACACACACACACCAUGUGCUUUUUUAUGUUGAUUUAGGGUAAACUGACUACCACUUUAUAUUUUCUGUUCCAUAGUGAGAUGUAUGUAGUAUGUGGCCAUGUUUACUAACAUACUCAUUCUUGACAAAAUUCUGAGAUUAUAAAAUGUAUAUAGUUAAUAUUUGGGCUUGUGACCUGACUUGUAAGGGCUGCUUCUAACACAGCCUUAGGUCUUCAAUUAACAAAGUAGGAAUUUGAGCACAACCUUGUCCAUAAGCCAUUUUAAAUAUACACUUAGCCCUGUGUAGUUAGUAAGUGGAUGGACACCACUGUAAUUGAGCUUGAGCUCACUACUCAAUUGUGCAGCUUAAUAUGCUAACUAGGGACAUUCCCCUAUGGAUUGUCUUUAUAUCACUAUCUUUCUAAACCCAGAGAUAUCAUAAGUGACAAGAAAAGUGAUAGGAUCAAGAAACGGGUGUCACUGCUUCAUUUGGAACAUGUUAUUAACUAUGGUCUCUUUCAAAUAAAACAGUAGUUUUAUAUUUCAACACAAGUGGCUAUAAGCAGUCCUUGAUGUGUUUUUGAUGGUAUCAGCUGGAAAGCCUCAAAUUUAAGAGGGCUUCCCACCCCAGAUAUAAAAUAGAUGUUGCCUAUUGCUGUGCUUAUAAAUGAAAAAGAAGUUGAGGACACUUUUGCAAAUGCCAGAAUGUAAGAUUCAUUCGGUGUGCUCCCCGGGCCUUUAAGGCAUGGGUUGACAGGAUUUGUUUUCUAAAAUUAGCUUCAUUCAAUAUUUAUUAUCCUUCUUUCCCUCUCAGAGAAUGAACUAUGUAUAAAAUAAGCUUCUGCCUAUUUGCAUUUAUCCUCCAAACCCAAUCUAGUAGGAUGUUCAAUCGAGUAGAAUGUUUUCAUUUUAAAAACAAGAGGGGAGAAGACCAGAGUUUUUCAGGAGAAAACAGGAGGAAAAUGGGCACAAAAACUCAGAAGGCAGCUAUUCCCAGCAGCUUCCUAGUUAACAACCUCCAUGCUGCCUCCAGUCUCUGUAUUCUUCUGUAUUUAACCUUCAGAUUGUAAGCCUUUUCUGGCAAGCUUGUCUUCUUUUCUUAAGCUCUUUUCCUGAAAGUUUUUAUGAAUGGCUAUGGCACCAUUAAUGCUGCUGAAUAUCUGUAAACUCUUUGCACAGGCAAGUGUGUAGCUUAAGGCCACUACGGUAAGGAAACCAAGUGUCCUCUGUGCCUUUUUUCAUUCUGUGAAGUAAUUUAAGGACAUCCAAAAAAAUUAGACUUUAAAAAGUUAUCAUCUUGGUUCAACACCAUGCGUAUAUACCCGUGGAAGCUUAAAAAGGUGUUUCGUCUGGAACUUAGAAGCAGCUCUAAAUCUGGUAGAGCUGAGUUUCUAACAUACCUAGUUUCAUGUGUUGGCUUUCCUGGAGUAUGACAGAAAAUGAAGACUCUUUACUCAGCUCUGGUAUUGCUCAUAACUUACCAAGAGGCUAAUACUAAACUUGGCAAAUUGUUUAUGUUUUAUCAAGCAGUGUGGGUUUUGUUUUUUAAUAUAGUUUUCAAUGGAUAUGUGAAAACUAAAGGAAACUUUAAAGGUUUUUUAAUGGUGCAGGUGAAGAUGCCAGUUGCUAUUUGGUAUCACACUCUACAAAAGCUUCAUUACUUUAUUUGAUGCUGGUUGCUAAGCAGCCACUGCACAGAGCAUAAGUCUACUGGGUGCCUUUACAAGCCAGAGGCUGAUGCUGCACUGUUGAUGUCAUGUGAGGAAAUAAUGCACAUGCUCUAAUUGCUCAACAGGAAAUGAACCUAGAAACAGAAAAUGAAGAACAAAAAGGUUGAUUGAAAUAAAACUUGAUCAACACAACUGUAUUUUGAAACAUUCCAGGAAGGUUACUACUUGUCAAACUUGCCUGGCAGUGUUUGUUCAAAACUUGUAUUUAAUAAAUGAACACCUGACUUACAA